CAUCGAAACCACAAAAAACAGUCUAGGAAGAUAAAAAGUAUGUAGGACCCUGCAAACACCCACAGCGCCUCACAGCGCGCGCUCGCUCAGUGAUUCUUACCUCAUCGAGCAUAAUUACGACCUCGGAAACAAUGCAUGAUAUCUGGCAUCCACACUCGUGGCGUGGACGUAUGCCAAAGUAUUUUAUAUUACAGCUGGCAAGUUCGUUUGAUUCUCUGAACCCACCUCCAAAAUGUCCCUCACUACAGGCCAACUGGAAGAAGGUCUAAGCAAACUUCAGAUCACUAACUCAAGAACACCGUCUACCCCGGAGCAAUGGGUGCCCUCCAAAUACAGCUCAGACAUAUCUCAGUACGUCCUCGUAAGGCCUCCCCGGGCCCCAUGCGGUCAUCGUCAGCUGUUUGGUUUUCCUAUUACCAUGAAGGAAAUUAGGGACCUGGGUGCCAUUGCUUUCCACCAUGUUCAGCCAGACGAGAUAGUACCGGAUGACCACUUCUUCCUCACCAUGAACUCCUAUACCUUCAUUAAGCUAUCUCUUGGUCUUCGUGUUUGCAUUUCCGCACAUGGCAAGGUGGUUGGAGACUCGGAUAAUAUCCCACCGCAAUGUUUGACGCCGUCGGGAAAGGUGCUGUUGUUAGUAUUGUGGAGGGAUACAGAACCCGAGGCUACCUGUCCCACGCCCAGUCAAGUGCGUGCCCUGGAGACGAAGAUUGGGCGCUUACCGGGAUGGUGGGUAGAAAUCCCACAAUUUGGAUGAGUACUUAUUCCGCCAUCGUUCUAUCACUGGCUGUGUCGCCUACCCCACUUGUACCUACCCAUUUUAUUCAGUUUCUGCCAU